GCGAGGAUCGACAGCUAAAGCGCGUACAAGGCGCGUGAAACCACCAUCACCGUACAAAGCCAAACCCACAUGAUUAUCACUGCUCCGCUCUGGUCAUUCGCUAAUCAUUUCACUCUUCGCUAACUACCCUCCAACCAACCAAUUUCCCUAACACCUGCAACUACAAAACCCCAAACUGCAGCUCAACUACUCAAUUCGUUUCUUUUCCGAUUCCGUUAACCGGAGCACAUCGAUGCUCUUUUCGCCGGUUUAAAUGGUGAUCUUCAACACCUCCAUUACGGCUUGGAUCCGUCACCUUAUCGCUUGCAUGGGUGGUUGUUUUGGUUGCUGUGCUAAACCCACACCAAUUAUUGCUGUGGAUGAACCAUCGAAAGGAUUAAAAAUACAAGGACGGGCAGUGAAGAGGCCUAGCAUAUCAGAUGAUUUUUGGAGUACCAGCACAUGUGAUUUGGAGUACAGUGCUAUGCAAUCCCAGAGAAGUGUUUCAUCAAUCAGUAUAUCAAAUGUGAACCUCACUGGUGGCACCAGUGGCACAGUCAGCAAUUCUGACUUCAUAAAUCAUGGUCUUAUUCUCUGGCAACAGAACAGGAAUCAGUGGAUUGGAAAUAACACUUCAACAAAUCGAAUCCAAGAGAGAUGGGAACGCAGAUUAAGCUGGAAUGCAACUUAUGAAGGUUUACUUGGAACGAGAAAUCCUUUCCCCCGGCCAAUUCCUCUCCCUGAACUUGUUGAUUUUCUGGUGGACGUAUGGGAGCAGGAGGGCUUGUAUGAUUGAAGAACUGAACUGCAAACGGCAUUUCAGUUUUUAUUCUGUAAUCAUUGUAACUUUGACUAGUAGGAGGCUUCUGUAAAUAGCCAAAAAAAGGGUCUAAGAAAAUGUUUGUAGGAAAAUGCUUAGCCUGAAUUGCAGGUAAAUCGACUAUGCAAUCUGGACCAUUAAUGAUGUGGAUAUCAUGGUGGGACCUGCAUCAAUCAUGAGUUGAGGUUGCACAGUCGCAUCAUCUGCAACUGUGCAAAGAAGACAUCAUGCUUCUUUGCAAAUUGUAUGAUUCCAUAUUAAUGAUAAUUCACUUUCUCCUCUGCUCUCA